AUGUUGGCGCUCUGGACUGUUUUGCUGCUUUUCUCGGCCGUCCAAUCUCAAGGCUGCUGGAAUCCACGCGACGUUCAUAUUGGAAACAAGUAAUUUAUUCACUUACUUUUAAAAAUUCUAUAAUAAUUCUUAUUUGGAUUUCAAUAAGACGAUAGGGAAUAAUGUUGAAGUAACAAAAGAAAUAUAUUUUUACCGUUUGCUAUAUUUUUUCACUGGAAGAAAACCAAUUUUCUUAAAGCUAAGCUCUUUUUUCAAUGUAAUUUUUACAUCUGGUAUUGAACCUAUCAAGUUGCAGCACAUGAAAAAAAAGAACACUAAGACUAUUUUUGGUUGAAAAAAGGGUAUCAUUUCAUCUUUUCAUUGUGAAACUUUCAAAAUAAUUGUAUCUGUUUCAAAUCCUCGCUGGCUCGUUUUAAGAACGACGGAAAAAUUUGCAAAAGAACUCGAGUUGAAGAAUCACUUACCGCUUUCGAAAUUGCUAUUCUUGUUUUAAAUCUUAUAUUCGUUCUCCUUAUGACAAAAAAUCAGGCGAUACCAUCGUUCGCUAAACCAAAAAUGUUCAUAAACCAUUCUUAUUGAUUAUCAUGGAAAAAAGCGAACAAAAAUGAACAGGGGACAUUGAGGAUCAUGCUUUCGAGCGAGAAACCUUAUCAGCAACUGUUCUGUGUUCUCAGGAUUUUUUGUAGGAAUCUCUAUACCGUGUUCAAUUUGAUUUCGCGAAAUGCGAAAUAAUCUUUGACUCUCCCAAACUUAGUGAUAAUUUCCUUUCUCUAACGGAUAUUUUGCAUUUCGCGGAAUCAAAUUCAACACGGCACUAGGACUCAUCCAAAAUUCUUAAAAGAUUUUUGUAGAAAAUGGAUUAUUUUACGAAAUUCUAAAGACUAUAGUAUGUUCAGAUUUCGAAUGUCAAGUCGCGUCAAAAGCUCCGCCCCUAUUUAAAAAAUGACUACCUAUUCAUUCAUUGAAGAGUUAAUCGCUUCGUCGCAACUAUAAAAACCGUCGAAUCUGAAAAAAAAAGCAUUGCAAAAAACCAGAGAAAAAUAAACUCAUCAGUGAAGUGAAGAAUUUUCCCAAAUCGUUAUCAUCUUGAGAACGAAAAUUGAUUAUUCGGCUAUAAUUUUGGAAAAUAAUGUGUUAUAAACAAAAAGACAGCCAAUUAUUUUUGAAGAAAGAAUUUUUUUGGAGUCGAAUUGCCUAUUCAAAUAGUGCUUGAAAAAUGAAUAUCUUCCUUCAGACCGUGAAAAAAUAGAUGUCAAGUCUUACAAGUUUUUUUGUAAAAAAAUAAAGAAAAAAAUGACUUUAAAGUGAAAGAAAAAAAGUAAAAUCAUAAAAAAAUGAAUAUUUUAGGGCCAAAUUAAAAAGAAAAGUUGGCGUCAAAUAAAAAGCAUUUGGUUUUCGCACGCUUUCAACGUACAGUGAUUAUUUUAGCACAAAAAUUUUUUUUCGUUGUUUAAUUAAAUAAAAUAUUUGAAUUGAGCCUUUUUGCAGCUGUUAUACGUUUGUCGAUAAGAUCCACACGUACAGCAACGCGCGGGCCUAUUGUCAUUCAGUACAUGCUUCUCUGGCAGGCGUUCAAUCCGCAAUAGAUGCCAACUUUCUCGCCGGUGAGUGAAGUUUGUUCUGUUAUUCUGAAAAAGUAGAAUAAAAUCUAGCAAACGCUGGUUCACAGUUCGGUGUGACGAAUGGCGACUUUUGGAUAGGAUUGUCGAGAGCAGGAUCGGAAGCAUCUUUCAAAUGGGAUGACGGAACAAGUGUGACCUUUACGAACUGGGGUCCAGGUUUUUUGAUGAUGCGUUACCUUAAAAAUUGAAUCAAUAAAGGAUAUCCGAACUCGCAGAACUACGUGGCAGAAAGCAUCGCAAAUGGUCGUUGGAAAACUCUGGCCGGUGCUGCUGAACUUCCUCUAGUGUGCAGUUACGACCCUAAAGAAGUUAUCACGACGGGAAGUCCCAUGAAAACGACAAAAGUCACAAAAACUUCCGUGGUCCCUACAAAGCAAGCUUCUACAACUCGAGGUUAGUAAGAAAAAGAAACAAUCAAGCUAACGAACAACGUUUUUAAGGCACCCGUCUUCAGUCUGGUUCUACGAAUCAAAGUCCGUCUUUUACCACUUCACAGCCUGUUUCAAAUUCGUGCCCUCAAGGAUUCAAAUUUUCCAAAUUGACCAAAAAAUGCUACAUUGUGGUUUUCAUUUUAACAAAAUACACGAUAAACAUUUGGGAACAUGUUUAGGUGAUGUACGGCGAUGAUGAUUCUUAUCCGGAUGUUCCAGUGAGUUUUGAAUGAUUUAAAUUUGAAAUUAUCGAUUUUUAAGACCAACGCUCCACCCUUGACGCGAGAACAACAGAGAUGCACCAAAGGUUUUUUUUGUUUUCUCGUUUCGAUCCAUUUCAAAUGCGGCUGGUUUUUCAGUUGGGGCGACUCUUGCCACGAUUCAUAGCCAGGAAGAGAAUGAAUUUGUUCGAAGCAAGUUUUUAAAUCCUUUAAAGUUCUUCUCAAACGCGCAUCAGUAAUUUCUAAAGAGGUAUACAUUAAAAAAAGCCGUUUCAACUUUAUUUGAAGUCGUCAUCUUGUGCGCCUUUGAAAACUUUCUUCUAACAAUUUUUGAAGUUUUUAAAGGCUUGAAAAAAUGAGACCUUAGUCAAUUUUGCGCCAAAUGUUUUCAUUUCCACAGUGCUUUUUCAGAAUUUCUUAUGAAAUAAAUCAAGGAUAAAUUUAAAAAGCGGUCCCUAUAGGGGCCCUUAAAGGGUCCCCUCUAGAGAAAGCUUGCAAAAGGGGUCCCUAUAGGGGACAUUGUUAUGAACUCUGCGCGGGGAAGCAUUUUGAUGAGAAAAACGGAAAAAAGCGUUUUGAUUUUAUUUGAGAGAUCCCUGUAGGGUACACUUGAGCUUUAGGAGGUCAGACCCCAAACCCCUAUAGGGACCACUCCGGAAUCCCUAACUACCAUUAAAUAUUGAAAUUUAGCUCUCUUCCCUGAGAACGUUUCGUAUUGUACAGCAGGCUUGAGAAACAUCAAUUCGUCCUCUUCUGAAGGUAUAAGUCUUCGGGAAUGAAAAAAAGAUACCACUUUUCAAUCUUUCAGGAGAUUGGGAGUGGAUCGAUGGCACCAAAAUGGACUAUUCCAAUUUUUCGCCGUCUUUCCCGAAGCCCAAUGAUUCGAUAGUACAGGUUCACAGUGAAAUUUUUUUUGAAAGCAUAUGAAUUUUUGAAGGUUUUAGGGUUAAUUUGAUCGGGAUUUACCCCAAAAGAACUGAUUUUUGAGCGAUUUUGAAGUAACCGAUGCAAAUAAAACAGAAAGCUUAACAAGAAGGAAUUUAUGAGAAAUAAUUUAUUGCAUGAAUUUCCGAAAUUGUACAAAGUUUUCACUAGACUGUUCGAAUUUAGAUGGUUAGGACAAAAAUUUCUCACUAAAAACAAGAAUAUCUCAGAUCGGACACGGCUUCUGGGUCACCUACACUCGCACAACGCCGCUCGAAGGUGUGAUAUGCAUGAAAUAA